GCCAACUUGAAGUUACCACAUACCUGCAUACUGACAUGACAUAGCCUACAGCAAAGUUUUCAGCAGGAAAAUUAUUUGCUUCAAAGUCUUAAAGCUAGCCUAUUUCAUACCUAGUACUGUAGUAGAUAAUCUAUCUUUCCAUAAAUUCUGACUGAAGUUAAUAGGCGUCAAAAUUAUGAAGAUAAAAGUUUUGUCAAGAAAUCCGGAUGAUUAUAUCAGAGAAUCGAACAGGGAUAUUCACAAAGUUCAAAGAAACUAUGAUCCGUCACUUCAUCCCUUUGAAGCACCAAGAGAAUAUAUAAGGGCUUUGAAUGCAGUGAAGCUGGAACGAGUAUUUGCAAAACCAUUUCUAGCUUCCCUUGAUGGCCACAAAGAUGGCGUCAGCUGUAUGUGCAAGAAUGGACAACGAUUGAAUUCAAUUUUUUCUGGAUCAUGUGAUGGAGAAAUACGAUACUGGAAUCUGACAACAAAAAGAUGUUUACAAUAUAUUCAAGCUCACACAGGAUUUGUCCGUGGUUUAACUUGUUCCCCUGAUGGAAACUUAAUUAUUUCGGUUGGUGAUGAUAAAACAAUAAAACAUUGGACGACUGAUGCUUUAUCUGACACAAUUUCAACUCCUCUAAAUACAAUCAUAUCAAAACAUUUAUAUACUGGAAUAGACCAUCAUUGGAAAGAACCAGUGUAUGCAACAUCAGGUGAAUCAAUAUGUAUAUGGAAUCAUGAAAAAGCAGACCCAGUACGUACAUAUACCUGGGGAACUGAUACGAUUAACAGCGUGCGAUUUAAUCCUGUUGAAACGAGUAUAUGUGUUAGUACUGCAUCAGAUAGGAGUAUACGAUUAUAUGACAUCAGGGCAUCUGCACCGUUAAAGAAAGUUAUAAUGACAAUGCGAUGUAAUGCUGCAGCAUGGAAUCCUAUGGAAGCGUUUAUGUUCACUGCAGCAUCUGAAGAUCAUGACCUUCAUACAUUCGAUAUGCGAUAUCUUAAGACUGCAAAAAUGAUUCAUAAAGAUCAUGUUGAUGCUGUUCUUGACAUAGAUUAUUCCCCAACAGGGAAAGAAUUUGUAUCUGGGAGUUACGACAGAUCGAUAAGAAUAUUUCCAGUUGAUAGUGGAAGAAGUCGUGAAGUCUAUCAUACCAAACGUAUGCAAAGAGUUUUCUGUGUUAAUUGGUCUGCAGAUAACAGGUAUGUUUUAUCCGGAUCCGAUGAAACAAAUAUUCGAUUAUGGAAAGCAAGAGCAUCAGAAAAAAUAGGAAAAUUAACACCGCGAGAAAGAGAAGCAGCAAUUUACAGUGAUAAAUUGAAAGAAAAAUUUGCACAUCAUCCACAAAUUAGAAGAAUUGCAAGACAUCGGCAUGUACCUAAGACAAUCUACAGUGCAGUGAAAGAAAAAAGAAUUAUGAGGGAAUCUUUGCGAAGAAAAGAAAAGAAUCGAAGAAGGCACAGCAAACCUGGUUCGGUUCCAUUCGAUGUUGAAAGAGCAAAAAAUAUUGUCGGUAUUGUUUAAUGCAUUAAAAUAUAUAAAUGAAUAAA